AUGCAAAGGGUGUCUACCUUCUUCAAGGGAAACGCUGAUGCCCUUGAGCAAGAGCGUAUUAAUAAGGAGCUUCAGGAGAAGCUCUGGGCAGAUCCGGCCCCUUUUCGCUUCAAGCCGGGUCAGCUUUGUUCGCUAAUUGACCCCGAAGACUACGAGGCACUGCGCAAAAUGGGCGGUGUGAAUGGCCUGCUUGCAGGUGUAGGAUCCAACCCGGAGUCGGGUAUCAUGCCCGAUACUUCUGCGAAAGACGGAAAGUAUGCGGGUACGGUAGCGGACCGCGAGCGCGUGUAUGGACGUAAUGUCUUGCCUGAGCGCAAGUCCAAGAGUCUUUUGACGCUCAUGUGGCUUGCACUGCAAGACAAGAUCCUUAUUGUACUGAUUAUUGCAGCAAUCGUGUCGCUUGCGCUUGGUUUCUACACGGAUUUUGGUCAGGAAGAGCGUGUGCCGUGUCUGAACCCAGAUGAAGGUGAAACGGAUUGUAAAGCACCCAAGGUCGACUGGGUCGAGGGUGUUGCAAUUCUCGUUGCUGUGCUCAUUGUCGACCUGGUCGGCUCUUUGAACGACUGGCAAAAAGAACGCCAAUUUCGUACCUUGGAUGCAAAGAAAGAAGCGCGUGAUGUAACCGUCCUCCGCAGCGGUACAAAGCAUCAAGUGGAUGUGCAUGAUGUCCUGGUCGGUGACAUUUGCGAUGAGUCCAGCGCUACCGGCGAGUCCGAUAUGAUUUCAAAGCUGCCUUAUGAUGAAUACACAAAGGAGUUGGACAGUGCUACCGGGCCGCUGAAGCACAAGAGCUGCUUUAUGAUCUCGGGCUCCAAGGUUCUGGAAGGUGUCGGCGAGUUUGCCGUGACGGCUGUAGGACCCAUGAGUUUUAACGGCAAGCUCAUGAUGUCGCUCCGUGAGGAGCCAGAGAACACCCCGCUGCAAACCAAACUGAAUCACAUGGCAGAGCUUAUUGCAAAGCUUGGUACUACCGCCGGUCUGGUCUUGUUCAUCGCCUUGAUGAUUCGUUACUUUGUGCAACUUGGCUACGAUAAGGAUGAUGGGACGCCUACGUUGGAUGCAAGCAAGUAUGGCCGGAAAUUUAUCGACAUCCUAAUCAUCUCUGUCACGAUUAUUGUCGUGGCUACGAUGGCCAAUGCUACUUGUGUCUGCACCGACAAGACGGGCACACUUACGCAAAACAAGAUGAAUGUGGUUGCAGGAUGCAUUGGAUGUGAUUUGCAUUUCCAAGACAGGAUCAAGUUUGAAGUGGAUAACUCGGCGCCGUCUGACGACUUGGUUGUCAUGGAAGACAUGUCUUCUCAGCUUCCCACCUCGGUCCGCAAGCUCCUUACCGACUCUAUCUGCAUCAAUUCCACAGCUUUCAUCCCUGACCGGUCUGAUCCGGUAGAGGAAGAAGAGAAGCCAGUGGAGAAGCCAUGGUAUGUCAAGCUCUUUUCGAGCAGUCCCAAGAAGAUGCAGGUGGCCGAGUCUGAGUCACCAUUUAUUGGCUCUAAAACGGAAACGGCUCUUCUCACCAUGGUGAUCAACUUGAACUGGGGAGACUAUGCAUCAAUUCGUAAGGCAACGCAAGUCGUGCAAAUGAUUCCAUUUGGCUCAAAGCGGAAGUCGAUGGGUGUAGUGAUCAAGACGGACCAUGGCUACCUUGCAUUGCACAAACAGGCCGCUGAAGGCGAAAUUCCUACGCUUCCGAUUGACGACGCUUUGCGCACCAACUUGGAAGAUACCAUUAAAGGAUAUGCUUCGCAGUCUUUGCGCACCAUCUCCCUGUGCUACCGUGACUUUGAGUCUUGGCCACCGCCUAAUGCCCCUACAGAAGAAGGUGAAGUCAAGUACGAGUUCCUCGCUCAAGAAAUGACCCUCUUGGGUAUUACUGCUAUUGAGGAUCCGCUUCGUCAAGGUGUGCCUGAAGCUGUUCGUGCCUGUGGGCGUGCUGGUGUACAGGUCAAGAUGUGCACGGGCGACAACAUCCUCACGGCACGUUCGAUUGCGAACCAGUGUGGUAUCUUUAAGCCUGGCUCGGAAGUGGCCAAAGAAGCGAGUGAUAUCAUUCUUUUGGAUGAUAACUUCUCCAGCAUCGUUAAUGCGAUUAUGUGGGGUCGCUGUGUGAAUGAUGCUGUGCGCAAAUUCCUCCAGUUCCAAUUCACUGUGAAUAUUGUUGCAGUCAUUGUCACCUUUGUCUCUGCCAUCGCCAGCGACAGCGAGAAUUCGGUUCUUACCGCUGUGCAACUGCUCUGGUUGAACCUUAUUAUGGACACACUCGCAGCGCUUGCAUUGGCUACGGAUCCUGCAGAUGAAUCUUCGCUGGACCGGAAUCCGGAUCGUUCUUCUGCUCCACUCGUCACUACAGAAAUGUGGAAGCAUAUUGUGGUGCAAUCGAUUUACCAGAUCAUUGUCAUCCUGGUCCUUAACUUCGAGGACAACUACUCGGACUGGAACGAGCCUACCGUCGGCCGUCUGGCCAAGGAGCUUGGUGCCUACUCUCGCAUUCAGGACAACCCGUACCUGUCGCAACUGAAAGGUGGAUACACCACCUAA